UUGUGCUGGGCAGUGAUAGCUGUGCUCUGGGGUUUGUGCUGGGCAGUGAUAGCGGUGCUCUGGGGUUUGCUGUGCAGUGAUAGCUGUGCUCUGGGGUUUGCUGGGCAGUGAUAGCUGUGCUCUGGGGUUUGUGCUGGGCAGUUAUAGCGGUGCUCUGGGGUUUGUGCUGUGCAGUGAUAACUGUGAUCUGGUUUGUGCUGGGCAGUGAUAGCUGUGCUCUGUGGUUUGUGCUGGGCAGUGAUAGCUGUGCUCUGGGGUUUGUGCUGGGCAGUGAUAGCUGUGCUCUGGGGUUUGUGCUGGGCAGUGAUAGCUGUGCUCUGGGGUUUGUGUUGGGCAGUGAUAGCUAUGCUCUGGGUUUGUGCUGGGCAGUGAUAGCUGUGCUCUGUGGUUUGUGCUGGGCAGUGUUAGCUGUGCUCUGGGGUUUGUGCUGGGCAGUGAUAGCUGUGCUCUGGGGUUUGUGCUGGGCAGUGAUAGCUGUGCUCUGGGGUUUGUGCUUGGCAGUGAUAGCUGUGCUCUGGGGUUUGUGCUGGGCAGUGAUAGCUGUGCUCUGGGGUUUGUGCUGGGCAGUGAUAGCUGUGCUCUGGGGUUUGUGCUGGGCAGUGAUAGCUGUGCUCUGGGGUUUGCUGGGCAGUGAUAGCUGUGCUCUGGGGUUUGCUGGGCAGUUGUAGCUGUGCUCUGGGGAUGUGCUGGGCAGUGAUAGCUGUGCUCUGGGGUUUGCUGUGCAGUGAUAACUGUGCUCUGGUUUGUGCUGGGCAGUGAUAGCUGUGUUCUGGGGUUUGUGCUGGGCAGUGAUAGCUGUGCUCUGGGGUUUGCUGCGCAGUGAUAGCUGUGCUCUGGUUUGUGCUGCGCAGUGAUAGCUGUGCUCUGGUUUGUGCUGUGCAGUGAUAGCUGUGCUCUGGGGUUUGUGCUGGGCAGUGAUAGCUGUGCUCUGGGAUUUGUGCUGGGCAGUGAUAGCUGUGCUCUGGGGUUUGCUGUGCAGUGAUAGCUGUGCUCUGGUUUUGUGCUGGGCAGUGAUAGUGAUAAAUCAUGUAAAUCGAGCUAAAUCUGUAAAUUUCUUGUAAUUUUUGCAAAAAAUUGAGAAGGGUUCUAGAAUUAUUCUGGUGUUUUAAAGGGUUUUUAUCUCAUUGUAUUCUAGUAGUGUACUGCCCUGUAACACAUGUAAGUCUCUUUGGAUAAAGUCUGCCUAAUAAUAAUAAUAAUAAUAAUAAUAAUAAUAAUAAUAAUAAUAACCAGGCUACGGUAAUGAUCAAUGUCCCACAACAUGGCGUCUUCCAGCCUGCUCUCACAAACGCAGUAAUGAUGCGGUGAGUAUGUACAUUAUUUACUAUUAAAAUGUGCAUCGUUUCAAAGAGAUCCCUGUGCUCAGCGUUCCUGCCUAACUCUUUUUCUCUUUUCCUCUUCAUGCUGCCACCCUGCUGUCCUGCUGUCCUCCUUUAACAACAGGACUGCCUUGUCUUGGUGAAAGCAAAGUUAGAAAUAUGGAGUCUGUUUACAUUAAACAGGAGGAGGUUCUGGAAUUGGUACCUAUCUGCAUUAAACAGGAGAUACCUGAACUGGAGCCUGUCCUCAUUAAAGAAGAGGAGACUGAACUGGAGCCUGUCCACAUUAAAGAAGAGACUGAACUGGAGCCUGUCCACAUUAAACAAGAGGAGACUGAACUGGAGCCUGUCCACAUGAAAGAAGAGACUGAACUGGAGCCUGUCCACAUUAAAGAAGAGACUGAACUGGAGCAUGUCCACAUUAAAGAGGAGACUGAACUGGAGCCUGUCUACAUUAAAGAAGAAGAGACUGAACUGGAGCCUGUCCACAUUAAAGAAGAGGAGACUGAACUGGAGCCUGUCCACAUUAUAGAAGAGACUGAAUUGCAGGCUUUCUACAGUGAAGAGUCUGUUGACUUGUUGUUUAAGGAUUCAGAAAACAUAUCACAUCAGUGUAUUAAAUGUGGGAAGAGCUUCAGUCGAUUAGGAAGCCUAAAAACACACCAGCGAAUUCACACUGGAGAGAAGCUGUAUUAUUGUACUGAAUGUGGAAAGAGUUUCAUUCAGUUAGGAAGCCUAAAAACACACCAGCAAAUUCACACUGGAGAGAAGCUGUAUCACUGUACUGAAUGUGGAAAGAGUUUCAUUCAGUUAGGAAGCCUAAAAGCACACCAGCGAAUUCACACCGGAGAGAAGCCGUAUCACUGUACUGAGUGUGGGAAGAGCUUCAGUCGAUUAGGAAGCCUAAAAACACACCAGCGAACUCACACUGGAGAGAAGCCGUAUCACUGUUCUGAAUGUGGAAAGAACUUUGGUUGCUUAAAAAGCCUACAACUACACCAACGAACUCACACUGGAGAGAAGCCGUAUUACUGUAAUGAAUGUGGGGAGUGCUUCAGGCAGUUAGCACACCUAAAAACACACCAGCAAAUUCACACUGGAGAGAAGCCGUAUCCCUGUACUGAAUGUGCAGAGUGCUUUGGUCGGUUAGGAAGCCUAAAAAGACACCAGCGAAUUCACACUGGUGAGAAGCCAUAUCACUGUUCUGAAUGUAGGGAGAGCUUCAGUGUGUCAGGAAGCCUAAAAAGACACCAGCAAAUUCACAAUGGAGAGAAGCCAUAUCACUGUACUGACUGUGGGGAGAGUUUUAGUGUGUCAGGAAGCCUAAAAAGACACCAGCAAAUUCACAAUGGAGAGAAGCCAUAUUACUGUACUGAAUGUGGGGAGAGCUUCAGUCAGUUAGGAAACCUAAAAAGACACCAUCGAAUUCACAAUGGAGAGAAGCCAUAUCACUGUUCUGAAUGUGGGAAAAGCUUCACUGAAUCAGGACACCUAAAAACACACCAACGAAUUCACACUGGAGAGAAGCCAUAUUGCUGUACUGAAUGUGGGGCAAGCUUCAGACAGUCAGGCACCCUAAAAAGACACCAGCGAAUUCACACUGGAGCCAGCCUCCUUCCUUACUAGUCCCUCACCUCUCCACCCUGCUUGUUUGUGUGAAGAGCUGACUGAUUCCUUGUCCCUCUCUCACACUUCAGUAAAUGAAGUGGGUCCCCAGGAGUGAGAGCCAGCCUGAAUCCAGAGACACUGAGAAGGGGAGCGUGAUAAACUGAAGGAGCCAGACCCAUUCUUUCAGAAUGAACUGGAGAGCCCUGGGAUGAGUGGAAAUGAAUCUCACUCAUCAUGCUGUGAGGAUUUAGGACAGAGUUACUGGGUCAUUCUACUUAGAAGGGACACAUUGGAAAUAUAUGCCAAGCUUUUUCACUGAACACUUAUAUGUGUGAUACAACACAUUAACCCUUUGCGGUCCUAUGUCGGACCUGGUCCGACAUUGCAAUUAUUCCUAUCCGGUCCAAUGUCGGACCCUGUCCGACAUCAUCAAAAUGACGCAAAAAAGGGGUUUCUUUCUAGUAGUUUUUUCUCCGGAAAAAGCCGAGAAAACCAUUCAAUGGCCGAGUGGGAGCGACGGAGCUGAGACAAGCCGAAAAAAAGGGCGUGUCUCAUGAAUAGUCAUACUUGCCCCUGGCAUCUGAUAAUGGAGGCCAUAAGGAAACAAGCUGGCUGUGACUGCAUCAGCGCUUAGAGAAUAUCACAGACUUUAGCAGAGCUUUUUUCAGAUGUUAUUAUAAUAAAAUAAUGACUUGGAUCGCAUUAUUGAGGUGUUUGGUGAUAAAACGACUGAUCAGGUGAUGACUGAUCGGUAUGUACGACUAUUAUUAUUAUUAUUAUUAUUAUUAUUAUUAUUAUUAUUAUUAUUAUUAUUAUUAUUAUUAUUAUUAUUAUUUAUUUAUUAGCAUAGGUGAAUGCUAUAGCAAACAAAAGGGUGGGGCGGGGCUGGAGAUGCCUAGUGAGUGCUUUGUUGAUAUGCAGGGCCAUUUAAACCCGUUUGACUGUUGAAAAAAAUACUUUUAAACAGCGCGUCUAAAAUUAACUGCGCGUGUGAAAAUAAAUUGGACCUGACGCGCCUGAGACGCAAUUAAUAAAUGGACUGCAAAGGGUUAAGCUGCCAAUAGCAUAUAUAGGGCUCUAUAUAUUAUUGAUUUUUGUAUCUUGACUUUUCGUAGGUUUUUAUAGACCCUACCCGUGCUGUAUUAAAGUCAUUUUCACUCCUGUAACUUUGUUUCACCCCUGCUGCGGUAGUUUAAUUAUGAAUGUUCGUUUCAAAUUACUGUUGUAUACAAAUGUUCAAAUUUCAUUGCAAUAUCGAAAUUUCGUGCUUACCUUGAUUUACGACUUCGGAUUGUGGUUGUUAUUUUACGCAUGCCUCUCACUGGUGUAGUUGUUCGUAUGUGUGUGAAACUUCCAGUUUAAACGUUUCAGGGCUUUUAGUUCAUUUUAAAAUAAAGCACUGUAGCAGGGCGAUUGCCCUGCAUGUGUGUAAAUUUAGUUUUGGUAUAAUUUGUAUGGGGGAAUGAGUUCAUUGUGUAUCAUUUUGGAGUUGAUUUGUUUGAUUACAUUAUUGUUUUACAGACGGGCGCUCGAUUGAGACUUGCUGCCUGCUAGGCUUGGUUGAGGGGAAGGGCAGCAAGUGAUUGGCUGUGCUGGACCUCAAUCAGCAGGUGGGCGGGUCUUGACCGAGUGUCCGUCAGUUUAAAAAUAUCCGCGGGAGAUGGCUCGGGGCGACUGCAACACCAUGUCAGAGGGGAGCGGAGUAUACUCGGGAGGAGAGGGUCCGCGCUGCAGGAACGACAGCUAUGCAACCCUGAGACUGCAAGCGGUGCUUGUGAAGGCAAUGCCCAGCCAAGGCCGUAUGAAGCAGCAGGAGUCGUUGUAUGAAUACCGGCUCAUGAGUAGGUUAGUUAGGGGAUUGUGAUCCCAUGUGAUGUAUAGCGAGGGUUACGUAGUGUAGCCGGUUCCUGGAGCGGGACGCCUCGUUUUAUAAGGCUAGUGCUCACCCUCUGUGGAACGUUUUACUUGUAGUUUUUGUACUGUAUUUUAUUUAGUAUUUUUGCGGUAUGUGUCCUCUGUGCGUUACCAUGGCUGGUAACGUCACGAGUAUAUUUACUUUCUGUUUUGUGAAUAAAUCCUGCACACCUGUGCCGGUGUUUCAACUCCACCCCCAACAUCUCUCUGUAUUGCUUAAACAGCGGCUACCCACACACGCGACUUGAGACCCUGUCACAAGCACUUUAAAAUAUAAAAGAAAUAAAAAAAAUGUAUUAAUAGUCUAUUUUAAAUAACAAUGGCAAUAAACACAUUUUGUUUUGCUUUUAUAUCUUAAGGUGCCUUAUUAAUGAAGGGAAGCACGGAAACAAAUCAUUGCAGAGUUCUUUAAUUAAACACACACUGAAAUCUUUUCUUCUCAGUAAUUAUGUAGUGCAGACAACUGAAAUAUGCUGAAAAGUAUUUACUUGCGUAGCCUACUGUGUGUACUGUACUUUACAUAACCAAAAUAUACAGACAAACAAAAAGUGAUGAUAUUCUUAAAUUAACUUGCUUUGGGAUAUUAACUUCUUAAGUGUGUUUUAUAGAAUUAUGUUUUCGCUUAUUCAUUGUAACGAAUGUAUGUGUACUUCUGGCUGGGUUUACUUGGUCCAAUUAAGUAAUUUAGGGGACAGUUGGAACAAAAACCAGGACCAGGAUUGGAGAUCCCUGCUGUAAACUGAUGAAAGGACUGAUUUCAGUCAGGGAUUCGCUUCCUGUUUUACCUGGAAGGGAUUGGAUCACCGAAGUAAACUCCUCUUUGGGCGCUAUAUUUAAAUAAAAACAACCAUGAGCUUCUUUAUCUUUGAUUCGGACUCUUCUCACAAUGAAGUAACCAUUGAGCCAUCGCUUGAAUGGGGCAUCCUCCCAAGAUAUCGACUCCUCAUCCAACUGCAGCUCUCUGUGUUACAGAGAUCAACUGCAUUCCAGUGAUCACAUCUACAGAAUAAGUAUUAUAUCUCAAAGACUUUAGGUUUCAAGUAAAAUACCAUACUUGUAUAGGAAAUAUCUACAUGCAAACAGAAGGAAAAAACAGUCAAUACAAUGUAACACUUUGAUAAGAUUAAAAAUACAAACAAUUCUACUUUGAUGAACAACUGAAACACGAUAAGAUUUUAACUGAGCUCAUGAUAUUGUGUGCAUUUGAAAACAACAACUAUGAACAUCAGAACCAUUUAAACAUUGAUUGAAUUGAUGUACAAGUUGUGAAUUAACUCUAGAUUACAGCUUAAUACUAAAGGCAAUUGAACUGAACUUGAAACAAAAAUGCAGUCUUCAUUCCAACCCACACAACAGACUCUGCUGAACACAGUCACUGUAUGUAAUGUGUGUGAGUCCUGCAUGCACGUAACCAUACGGGAGCCUGCGUGCUUAUGAAAAUGUGUGUUUAAAUGUGCUAUUCCUGCUUGUAUCUGUACUUAUAAUUCUGGGAUCGUGAUUUCUAACUUUAAUAUUCAUCUUCCUUUUGUGAGCCUUAAUAAACCUAAUAAUGCUAAUAAUUGAAAUAAUGCUUCAUUCCUCCUGAAAAGUGAUGAAAUUAAAAGCUAUUUUAUCAUGUAUACUUGCAUGCCUUUGGUAUGUCAUAGAAUAAAGCAAAGAAGCUGUGAAAAGGGAUGAAUUAUUGCUUAUUCUACAAAGAUAUUCUAAAAUGGCCUGGACACAUUUGUUGGUACCCCUUAGAAAAGAUAAUAAAUAAUUGGAUUAGAGUGAUAUUUCAAACUAUUUAGUAUCACACAUGUCUCCAAUCUUGUAAUCAGUCAUUCAGCCUAUUUAAAUGGAGAAAAGUAGUCACUGUGCUGUUUGGUAUCAUUGUGUGCACCACACUGAACAUGGACCAGAGAAAGCAAAGGAGAGAGUUGUCUGAGGAGAUCAGAAAGAAAAUAAUAGACAAGCAUGGUAAAGGUAAAGGCUACAAGACCAUCUCCAAGCAGCUUGAUGUUCCUGUGACAACAAUCGCAAAUAUUAUUAAGAAGUUUAAGGUCCAUGGAACUGUAGCCAACCUCCCUGGGCGCGUCCGCAAGAGGAAAAUCGACCCCAGAUUGAACAGAAGGAUAGUGUGAAUGGUAGAAAAAGAACCAAGGAUAACUGCCAAAGAGAUACAAGCUGAACUCCAAGGUGAAGGUACGUCAGUUUCUGAUCGCACCAUCCGUCGCUUUUUGAGCAAAAGUGGGCUCCAUGGAAGAAGACCCAGGAGGACUCCACUUUUGAAAGAAAAACAUAAAAAAGCCAGACUGGAAUUUGCUAAAAUGCAUAUUGAUAAGCCACAAUCCUUCUGGGAGAAUGUCCUUUGGACAGAUGAGUCAAAACUGGAGCUUUUUGGCAAGUCACAACAGCUCUAUGUUCACAGACGAAAAAAUGAAGCUUUCAAAGAAAAGAACACCAUACCUACAGUGAAACAUGGAGGAGGCUCGGUUAUGUUUUGGGGCUGCUUUGCUGCGCCUGGCACAGGGUGCCUUGAAUCUGUGCAGGGCUCAAUGAAAUCUCAAGACUAUCAAGGCAUUCUGGAGCGAAACGUACUGCCCAGUGUCAGAAAGCUCUGUCUCAGUCGCAGGUCAUGGGUCCUCCAACAGGAUAAUGACCCAAAACACACAGCUAAAAGCACCCAAGAAUGGAUAAGAACAAAACAUUGGACUAUUCUGAA